AUGGGCGGUGGGGCUCGGGAGCUGGCCGGGUUCCUGGCGGCGCUGGCCGGGUUUGUGGCAGCGCUGGCAGCCGCCGUGCUGCCGCAGUGGAGGCAGAGCUCGUACGCCGGGGACGCCAUCAUCACGGCCGUGGGGCUCCAUGAGGGGCUGUGGAUGAGCUGCGCCGCACAGAGCACAGGACAGGUGCAGUGCCGUCUGCACGACUCGCUGCUCUCCCUCGAAGUUCACAUCCAGACAUGCCGGGCUCUCGUGGUCAUUUCUCUCCUCCUGGGCUUCUUUGGCAUCAUCGUGAGCGUGGUGGGCAUGAAAUGCACUAAAGUUGGGGAGGAGGAUCCUGUCACCAAGAGCCGCAUAGCUGUUGCUGGAGGUGUCCUCUUCAUUCUCUCUGGUCUGUGCACAUUGGCUGCCGUGUCGUUGUAUGCAACACAGGUGACCUAUGAGUUCUUCAGGGAGAGCACCAUCCCCAUCAACGCUAGGUACGAAUUCGGCUCUGCUCUCUUCGUGGGCUGGGGGGCCGCCAGCCUCUCCAUGUUGGGGGGGUCCCUCCUGUGCUGCUCCUGCCCUGCCAAGGAGCCCCGAGGACAGCAGUACCAUCGGCAGUCUCAGCCCUCCAUGGCCCGGGAGUUUCAGCACCAUUUUCAGUGCCAGCCUCUAAAAUACAGGUUUUAAGUCUCACACAUAUGUUCUCCCAUAUCCAUCAUUGCA